UGUCUUCCGCACACGCGAAUUGGGAGUGUGAAUUGCUACCGGCUGCUGGUCCUUUGCUUCAUACUCGGUCUCUUUUCCCACUUAUGUUGCACUGACAUGAAUUUGAAUGGAAGAGACAAGGAGUCUAGCCGUAAUUUCCAGGCCAUGUCGUCGGGUUUGCCCUCGAGUAUGCGAGACGCGUCGGGUAAUCGAGCAGGCCCGAGCAGGGAACCGGGACCGUGGAAGACUAGACCAACACCGGUCCCCGUUCCUACACCUGGUUCUAUGAAGACUCCCACUAGCCGGGGAGCGGCCACCAAUCCUUUCAGCGGUAGGAUGGGCACGACACUCACCUCGGGUGGUGGCCUAACCUCUCGCCGCGGCAAUGCGAGUACGAAAGCAUCAGGCAACACAACUGCGAAGGCAAUCGUUUUCGAGCGGCCAAUUAAGCGGCAGAAAGUAGACCACCCUCAACAGGUAGAACCAAGUUCAUCCAGGUUCUUUGCGAAUCCUUCCACCUCAAGCUAUACCCGACCUUCCUCAAGCCAUGCCGGAUUGUAUGAUACCUCUGCAAGUGCGCCCGAAAUCAUAGAUAUCGAUGAUGAAGACAGGGGUGUGAUUGUCAACCGUGUUUCGCACCCGCGCAAUAAUGAGUCUUCGGACGACGAGCUACUUUUGACCUCACCACGGCCUAAACUCCAUGAUUUCGAGAUGUCUCCUUCGGAGCCCGAGAGGAGACUGGCGCCAGACGGGGAAGACACGAAACGCCUGCAACGGAAGAUCGAGUUGAAGGGCAAGAUGAAGGAGAUGGAUAUUAUUCACGUGGACGAUGACCCAAUAGAGCAGUUCUCAGACGAACCGAGAGUUCACCCUGCUGCAAAGGCGGAAGUUCCUGUCGGAAUAGUCAAACAGAAAGCUGCCAUCUUCGACGCCAAACCUUCACCUGCGUCCUCAGGACCAACUAUCCGUCAGCUCGACUUGAGGAACGUUUCAGUGCAGAAAGGUCCGGUGAAGAGCUCCAUGAAACCUAGAUCACAAAAGCUCGAGAUGCAGCCGGUGGUAACCACCACACAGAAGGAUGUGUUCGCUACUGCUUCCUCAUUCGAAUCGGCACGGCGUAUGUCAGUGAAGACGAAUGGCAGGAAAGCAGAAAUCGCCACAGCUUUACCAUUGGAAGCCUGGACUCUCGGGACACAGAUGCAUCAAAGUGAAGAUCGCCUAUAUUGGCUGCUGGUGGACAGUAAUGGAAAGCUUUCUAUCAACAAAGGUUUGCCAGGAAUCACGCUUUUCAGUGUCGCAUUGCGAGACUUGUCGAAAUACAAGCGUUCGAAACACGAGAAAGACGAUUUCCCUAUCCUUCUCAAGCUUUGGUUCAAGAAGAGCAGGUCCAAGACGCAUAAUACUGAUAACUUUCAAAUGGGGUCCGUUGGGGAGAACGGAUGCGUCACGUUGAAAUUCCUGACUAGGCAUUCCAACUGGCAAAACGGCUCGUCUUACGUACAGUUGCUCAACUUGCUCGAGACAUAUGACGCUAAAUUUGAAACACUUGACCAAUACGCAUCAAAGAGCGCAUGGGAAGUCACCCAAAACGCUAUCGCUCUUGACAACCAGACGUCUGUCUCUCGUCCUCGAUCUCCUGCUAUAUCAGCAGCAGAGCAUCAUAAUGAUCCUCCAGGUCCACCUCAAUCAAAGAGAUUGGAUGCUCCGAUUCCCGUUCGUCCGACUCGCGUUACUCGAGCACGGCAGAAAGAGCUCGAACAAGAGCCAGAAACCGAGCGUCGUUCUGCCGAUGCGGACAAGCUUAUACUCGUAUACCCAUUUUCGGGGACCGGUGCUGUUAACAUCACGAGAGGAGAUUGGAAACGGCUCCAGCCCGGGGAGUAUCUCAAUGAUACCCUUAUCGAAUUUGGACUGAAGCUUUGGUUGGAGGAGGUGAGGAGGGAGAAACCAGAACUCGCAGAUCAGAUACAUGUUUUCAGUUCGUUUUUCUACAAGAAGAUUAAUGUCCGGAACAAAGAGCAAGGAUACCAGAGUGUUCGGAAAUGGACAUCGAAAAUUGAUCUUUUCAGCAAGAAGUAUAUCAUAGUCCCCAUCAAUGAACACCUGCAUUGGUACUUGGCAAUCAUUUGCAAUCCGGAGUACAUCCUCCGCGAACCUCCUCUCGUUGAGAGCGUCGCAGCUUCCAAACCCAUGACAAGGAAACGCAAACGGCACGAUGACAUCUUGGAGGCUGAGCUUAAAGACUCUUCUCAACCUCAAGCACAAGAGUCGUCAUCUAUGGCGGCUUCCGUCUCCGUGAAUUUUAUGACGUCCCGGUCUCGACCCGUUUCACCAAAAAACGAAGUUGUACCGGAUAGCGAAGAAGAGCGCGACGACAAAGAGCACGAUGACUCUGGGACACAGAGUACGAAGAAGGCAGACGAUGAAGGUGAAACGAUGGAAGUCGAGACAAUGCUGGAGCGCUCAUGCUCUCUCAAUGAAUUGGAACCUCCAAGGCGAGAUUCAAGUCCUCUAUCCUCAAUCAGCGACAUGCAACUUGCAUACCCUACCGAUCUCGAUCUUAUGGAAAUUGACAAACCAACGGUAGAGGAGGACACAACGACUGCCAUGGAAUCUCGCGAUUCGGUCUCUAGUAUCUCUCGGGCUGAGCCCAGACCUGAGUUCUCGCCUGAGAUUGAGUACAAUCCUUCAGAUUCAGCCAGCCGCUCAGGUAUAGGUCCGGUGCCACCUUCCCUAUUCUACGCUUCCUCAGCAAAUACAAAGGGCAAAGCGAGAGAGGAAAAUGUGGUGGAUGUCGAAAAUGUGGAUAUUGAAGAACCUCCAGGGGCAGACGAAGAAGAAGAGCCUGUUGUUCUUAACCAUGGGGAACCUCAACCUGAAAGGACAUAUAUUUUUACCUUUGAUUCGUUGGGUUCAGAGCAUAAGGCGGUCGUCAGGACACUGUCCAAGUACCUCCAGCUAGAGGCUAAAGACAAGAAAGGUCUCGAGAACACCUCCGAGGCACUAGGAAAGCAAGCUCUGGUACCUUACCAACCUAACUACUGCGAUUGUGGCGUCUACGUAUUGCACUUUGUGGCGAGGUUCCUAUCCGACCCUGAAAGGUACACUCGUCUGAUUUUGUCAAAGACAAAAAAGUCGGAGUAUCAAUCAAGCGAACGCGAUAAAGACUGGGGCCAUGAGAUCGUUGGUGGAAUGCGAGACGGGCUGUCGCGUCGCAUUGAGGAGCUUUCCAUAGAGUGGCAGAAGUUCUCGGAAGAAAAAGGAAAGAGAGAAGCGCAACUCAAGGCAGAUGGUGCUGCCACUUCCACCGGUGUUACAUCCGUUGAGGAUUCCGACGACGAGGUCAUUGUAGAAGAAGGUCCUAAGAGUUCGGCAAGGAAGGGAAAAGCCAUGCGAAUUCGAUAACCCGGGUGUUUUCCACUUGGACUGUACUCUGCUUCCAUUAUUGUAUUAAUUGGCUAGUGCGUACUAACAGUAUGGGUCUGACUUUGACGAUUUCUCAUUGCUUAUCCACAUGGACUUCAGGCAGAUGCAUGCAAUAUCCUUUUGUAUCCUUAUUCCUUGUGGUAUAUACGGAUUGCUCUGUAAUCUAUUCGUUACAUUCGCUGUCAUCUCUUUAUUCUCUCCUUUACUUACGUAUCCAAACGUACAGUCGUUUAGCAUGCAUAUUCAGAACGAUGUGGUUAUAGAACUUAGUAAAAGGUGUUCUAUAUGAAAGACUAUGCUGCGGCGUAAGUAAGUACACGAGAAUCCAGAAAAAAGAUGGGCGGCAGGCAGAGGGGUAUGCGAAUGUAUGAUGCGUUGUAAGUGAAGGUCUUGUUUGAAGAAGGCGGGUGCAGACCGAUCAAAAGUAAGGGAAUGGGAAAGGAGACGGUAAUACACGAAAAGUCGUAAGAAAUGCAUUAACAACCGAAUCGAAGCGAGCAGAAGGGUGAGUGGGUAUAUCCGUUAUUAGUGGAAAUCGUUGCAUGAGACCAGGAACGUUUCACGGGAGCACUAAGUGUGGAUAGACGGGGGCAAAGGUAUGGGGCGAGAGAGAGGGGAGCAUGCGGGGACGUGAAAGAGUGGACGGGAAGCGG